AUAAAUCCUACAUUCACUAUGCGGACGAGUUGCGGUGAUACUUAAACUCCUGUUUGAGCAGAGAGAAACUGGGGCUGUAAAUUCAACAUUAAGAGCCAUUUUGAUUUCAUACAAAUGGGUUUUGCCAAAAGUGAGCGUCCGUUAAUGCACCAGAAGUCGACGCGCAUCUUUUCAGCGCACAUCUGCCUUCCCAGGAGGGAGGUGUUGACGGCCGACAGAGGAACAAUUAGUUUUACGGCCUUAAUUUGCGCCCUCCAUUUACCCUUUAACGAUAACAGUACAAUGUGGGCGUGUUCUCGCCCCCCCUUUUUUAACUUUGCACCGCCUGUCCUCCUCCUGAGCUGUGCGCACUUUGCGGAGCAGCCUCUCGCUGCAGAGUGGAUGCAGAGUUCAGCUCGCCCGUGGUCCCCCGGCCACAGAUCAGGCUCCGGCUCUGAUUCAGGACAGAGACCAGAGGAUGGAUUUCUAUCACUUCGCCUUACUCUUGUGUGGGGCUCUUGCGUUCGUCUGGGAAAUCCCCUGUUUUCAGGCUCUCGCUAUUUUCCCUCCAGCUGCCCCGAAGAGCAGCAAGGUGGCGAAGAUUUUUGAUGGACAAGAAGCGUCUAGAUACUUUAAGGAGUUUCACGCGCCACCCUCCAUCGACAAAAACAAUAAAGCAGCAUCUAAAGACUUAGUUGAGCCUCAUGACUACAUGCUGUCUAUAUACAAGACCUUCUCCACCGCGGAGAAGCUGGGACUGAACGCCAGUUUUUUUCGCUCUUCAAAAGCUGCAAACACUAUUGCAAGUUUUGUGGACAGUGGACAAGAUGACCUCCCACUCUCCCCUCUGAGGAGACAGCAGUAUCUGUUCGACGUCUCAACCCUCUCCGAAAAAGCGGAGGUGCUGGGAGCCGAGCUCAGGAUAUACACCAAAGUGUCUGGGAAUUUCAGGAUAUCCGAGACAGGAGCCGUCGACAUCCAGCUCCUCUCCUGCGUCGACCAGCAGCUGCUCGACUCCAAAACGCUGGACCUGCAGGAUUCCCACAGGCCGAAGUGGGAGGUGUUGGACGUGUGGGAAAUUUUCAAAGAGCGGCAGCACCUGAGCCAGGGGAAGCCCUUCUGCCUGGAGCUCAGGGCCAUGCUGGACAACCCUGAGAGGGAGCUGGACCUGCAUCUUCUGGGUUUGCACAGGCAUGGCAGGCCUCAGCAGAAGAAAGCCAUCUUAGUGGUCUUCACCAGGUCUAAGAAGAGGCAGACUCUCUUCAGUGAGAGGAGAGAAGGGAGGGCGUUGCUGGGCCUUGAGAGGAAGGCGAGAGAGAGGGGCCCUGGCAUCAAGGCCAGCAGGAGGAGGAGGACGGCUGCGUCCAAAACCCGCCACGGGAAGAGACACGGCAAAAAGUCCAAAUCCAGGUGCAGCAAGAAGCCGCUGCACGUCAACUUCAGAGACCUGGGCUGGGAUGACUGGAUCAUCGCCCCGCUGGAUUACGAGGCGUACCACUGCGAGGGCGUGUGCGACUUCCCCCUGCGCUCCCACCUGGAGCCCACCAACCACGCCAUCAUCCAAACCCUGAUGAAUUCGAUGAACCCCAGCAACAUGCCGCCCAGCUGCUGCGCCCCCUCCAAACUCAGCCCCAUCAGCAUCCUCUACAUCGACUCAGGAAACAAUGUGGUCUACAAACAGUACGAGGACAUGGUGGUGGAGUCCUGUGGCUGUAGGUAGUGGAGCUGACAGGGUGUAGUGAUUUACUUCGACCUCUAUCCUGUUCAUCAGGUUCUCCAGUCAACAUCGCAGUCUGUGUGGUGGCUGCACCUGAAAUAAGCAGAACUUACUUGGUUUAUUUAGCAAAAUGGAGACGUGUGCUGCAUUUAAAAACCAUGCACCCAACACAGUCUAGCUUAAUACCUCAAACAUUUGUUCUCUUGCUUUUUUGUGUAUGUUCCUGUCUUGAGGAAGUACAUCUUGUUGCCUUAAACUCUGCAGUGCCGACAUAUUCAUGGAUAUAAACGUCCCUUCUUUGAGGAAAAGAAAUCUGCUCUUGCAAAAUUAUUGUCAGUGCAAAAAUGUAAAGAAUUUGUGCCACUUUUUUAAAAUCCAUUUACCACCCACUGUUCUGCCCAUGGGACACAGAUGCUGUGUCAAACUUUCAUGGACUGGAGUACUAUUAAAGAACACAUGGAUCAAUAAAUUAGAUGUUUUACUAGUCAUUGUGGCCAUUUUAAAAAGAAUGCCCUGUAGGAAAACAAAUCCAGGCACAUCUCAUGGCACAUUAUGUUAAAUAAAUACAAUUAAAACCUUAUAAAUACAGUGUCUCCCUAUCUUCAAAGCAGGUAGUUUGACAGUGUGAUAAAUCUUUACAAAUUUACGUCCAAAUUCACCACAAGGAUCAAAAAUUUGUCCAUUUGUUUUAAUGCAUAACUAAGCCAAACUGACUGAUUACACUUGUGCGGCCUAAUUCUUACGUAAACAGAAUGAUAAACUUCAGAUAAAUGAUUUUCCCCCAGAGCAAUAUUUUUCUGCCAGGAUUAAAAAGCAGAUUUUCAGCACCUGACACGGCCCAUGACUCAGGGAACGUCCUGGAGAGAAUGUGAAGCCUCCCUCCCCCCUCUCUUUCAGAUAAAAACAUCAUCGGAACAUUUCCACCAAAACCACAGCAGGGUCUCUCACCAGUUUACUUAUCGUGCUUUUUUGUUGACGAGAUACAUAAUUUUGUCUGUAAUGCACUGAUGUUCAAAAAGGUACCAUGUGUAAAUAUUUGAUAUGGAAAUAAUAAUUUAUGUUCUAUGAAUAAGUUAUUGCAUUUUUAUUGUCCGCUUUGUUCCGUUACAACUUCCAGAUGGCAUGAGUCACACAUCUGGAUGUUCAGGUUCAAAUAAACACAUAUGGGUAAUGUUUUGGUAACGAAACGUGACAGCUAUGUUCUGCUCACAGACUGUGAAAUAUUAAGAGUAUUAUCAGUUGUUUUUUUUAUGUAUAUAUAAAUAGGAAAUAAUUAAUCACCAAAGAAAAAACAUUGUUUUUGUUUGGUGAACUCUUUUUUUUAGGCUAUGCUGUUGUUUAAAACAUUAGUAGCACAUUUUAUCCCCUUUUAUUUUAUGUUUUCCAAUAUUUACUGGAAUCUGAAAAUAAUAUAUUAUACUGAUUUAUACAGAAAGAUGGAUGAAUAAUUCAGUGUCAUGCCACAGUAUGUUUAGAUUUUCUUUGACCCUCUCUCUGUGCUAUCCAGCAUCCAACGAUGUGACACAUUAUUACGGCAGAAAAGUGAAUUAGUUACAAUUUUUACAGAGUAAAAUGAUCAUUUAAAUUGUUUAACCAAAUGAAUCUAUUCUUAUAAAGUGUAUGAACUGUAAAAUAUGUAGAAUAACAAGAAAAUUAAAAGGUCUUGAACUAGA